GCCGCGCGCCCCGCUGGACUGCGCCUCCCGGAGGUCCGCAGUCACCCUGCGGGAACUAUGGCCCGGCGGCCGGCGCGGGCCUGGGCCGUGCUUGGCCCCCUGCUCUGGGGCUGCGGGCUGGCGCUGCAGGGCGGGAUGCUGUACCCCCGGGAGAGCCCGUCGCGGGAACGCAGGGAGCUCGACGGCCUGUGGCGCUUCCGCGCAGACUUCUCGGAUAACCGGCGCCAGGGCUUCGAGCAGCAGUGGUACCGGGCGCCGCUGCGGGAGUCUGGCCCCACUCUGGAUAUGCCAGUUCCCUCCAGCUUCAAUGAUGUGGGCCAAGACAGGUAUCUGCGCAGCUUUGUCGGCUGGGUGUGGUACGAACGGGAGGCAACCCUGCCCCUGCGAUGGACCCAAGACCUGGACACAAGAGUGGUGCUAAGGAUUGGCAGCGCUCACUACCAUGCCAUUGUGUGGGUGAAUGGGGUUCAUGUGGCAGAGCAUGAAGGGGGCCAUCUCCCCUUCGAGGCUGACAUUAGCAAGCUAGUCCAGACUGGGCCGCUGUCCUCCUGCCGCAUUACCAUCGCCAUCAACAACACACUCACCCCUCACACUCUGCCGCCAGGGACCAUCCUCUACAAGAACGAUAAAACAAAGUACCCCAAGGGCUACUUUGUCCAGAACACAAACUUUGACUUCUUCAAUUACGCGGGGCUGCAUCGGCCUGUGCUCCUGUACACCACGCCCACCACCUAUAUUGAUGACAUCACCGUCAACACCGACAUGGACCAAGACACUGGAUUAGUGAACUACCAGAUUUCCGUCCAGGGGAGUGAACAUUUCCAGCUAGAAGUGUGUCUUCUGGAUGAGGAAGGCAAAGUCGUGGCCCAGGGGACAGGAGGCCGGGGCCAGCUGCAGGUGCCGAGUGCCCACCUCUGGUGGCCAUACCUGAUGCAUGAGCACCCUGCCUACCUGUACUCAUUGGAGGUGAGGCUCACCGCACAGACAGCCGCUGGGCCUGUGUCUGACUUCUACACGCUCCCUGUGGGCAUUCGCACUGUGGCUGUCACAGAGAGCCAGUUCCUCAUCAACGGAAAGCCUUUUUAUUUCCAUGGGGUCAACAAGCAUGAGGAUGCAGACAUCCGAGGGAAGGGCUUCGACUGGCCGCUGCUGAUGAAGGACUUCAACCUGCUGCGCUGGCUUGGGGCCAACGCGUUCCGUACCAGCCACUACCCCUAUGCUGAGGAGGUGAUGCAGCUCUGUAACCGCUAUGGGAUCGUGGUCAUUGAUGAGAGCCCUGGUGUGGGCAUUGUGCUGCCCCAGAGCUACAGCAACGUGUCCCUGCAGCACCACCUGGAGGUGAUGGAGGAGCUGGUACGCAGGGACAAGAAUCACCCAGCUGUUGUGAUGUGGUCAGUGGCUAACGAGCCCACUUCCUACUUGCCACCUGCUGGUGAAUACUUCAAGACGCUGAUUGCCCAUACCAAAGCCUUGGACCCCUCCCGGCCUGUGACCUUUGUGACCAACUCCAACUAUGAAGCAGACCUGGGGGCACCAUAUGUGGACGUCAUCUGCGUGAACAGUUACUACUCCUGGUAUCAUGACUAUGGGCACCUAGAGGUGAUUCAGCUGCAACUGGCAGCCCAGUUUGAGAACUGGUAUAAAACCUAUCAGAAGCCAAUCAUUCAGAGCGAGUACGGAGCAGAUGCCAUUGCAGGAUUUCACCAGGAUCCACCUCUGAUGUUCAGUGAAGAGUACCAGAAAAAUGUGCUACAACAAUAUCAUUUGGUCCUGGAUCAAAAACGUAAAGAAUAUGUGGUUGGAGAGCUCAUCUGGAAUUUUGCAGAUUUUAUGACUGACCAGGGACCAACAAGAGUAUUGGGAAACAAAAAGGGAAUCUUCACUCGUCAGAGACAACCAAAAAGUGCAGCAUUCCUUUUGCGAGAGAGAUACUGGAAACUUGCCAAUGAAACCAUGUACCAGUCAGCUGCCAGGUCAUGGUGUUUGGAAAACCACCCAUUUACAUUUUAGAACAGAAUCCAUCUCUGUACUGAAGAGAGACUAAACACCCCACCCUCCCCAAGGGGUGAUUCCACAGCAGCUUCACAAAGUUUCUGUUCUGGAUUUUGUAGUCUUCUGACAGAUGGGUAACACUGAGGUGAAAAUUAAAAGCAUUUAUAGUAUGGAAAUAAAGAGUUGAUAUAAAAGUGACCAUCCAUUAAUUGAAUGACCUGUGUUGCUGAAAAACAUCUGAAAUUGUUUGUGUACUGGCUGUCUUCAUAGCCUUACCUGCACAAGAGCCAGGAAACCUGACUAACAUUCACAUCACAUGCAGGGUUGCUGCUCCCAGGCCAUGUGCACCCACAGGAGCAGCUCCACGGCUCUGGCCGUCUUGCUUGCAUUCCAAACCAGGCCAACCUUUUCUGAGAGAGCAAAAGACAACUGCUGUUAAACUGCCCAGAUGAGCAUAAGUCCCAACAAAUUUAGAGAAAAUGGUACCACGCCAGAUAAGCAAGGUCUACAGUUUCCACAUAGCUGAUAACUAAGCAGUAACAAUUAAGAGUGAAUUGUAAGGGAUCUUAGAGGUUGCAUUCUUCUAGGACACUGUUCCAACUUCAACUAGAGACUAGUCUUGACAGGAAUAAACAGGUAAGCAAAAAGCUCAGUGGCCCCAUCACAGCUGACUCCAUUCAGUAUGACACCUUUUUAAGCUGGGCUGGGAGUGCUUCAGGCCUCGUACCUCUGGGCACUGCUCCCAAAGGAUGGUCUUUUCUUACAGAAGCUUUCCUUUCUUCAUAGGCUCCAAUAAAGUAACUAAGCUACAUGAUUCCCAGGAUCUCACUAUUCAUUAAUCCUGAUUUAAAGCUGAAUGCUUUGGAAAAAUACUUCUUUCAGUAUCCAAUGAAAUGGAAGACCACAAGCCAAUAGUUUUCAUAUAGAACUUGAUUCACUUCACUUGUGGUUAUCACAUAUACAUACAUACAUGCCCAUCAGUCUUCCUUUCCAAAACCCAGGAAACAGUACUGAUACAUUAAACUCAUUUUAGUGGGUAUUUUUGGACUACUUAAAUAAGAAUGUACUCAAGAUUUCCAGUGGUUCUGUAUUUCUUGUUACCACUAAACUUUAAUAAGAGACUUCUAGAGUCUCAUAUUAAGUUCUGUGUUACAGCUUAAUGUCAAAGAAUAAUAUCAAAAAGUCUACUUGAUAAAAUGUUUGAGAUAAGGUUCAUUUGUUACAUAUUAAGGUACAGAACACAUUUGUUUUAUGCAAUUAAAUAUUUCAAAUGGACUCAUCUCUCUUGAAUAUAUUACCUUUCUCUAAGGCUGUAUGGGAAAAACAGCUGAUUAUACAUUCUGUGUGCUUAUAGACCUGUAAGCAGUAACACCUUUUGUUAAUUUUUGACAUUUUCAAACUCACCAACUCCAGAAUCUCUCUGGAUCCUGUUUGUGUCUUCUACAAGUUUAUAAAGAUAAAAGUAAUUAUACCUGUAGAAAAAAAAAAGCAAGUAUACCUGUAGAAACAAGGU